AUGCUCCACGAGAUCUUACUCUCUCUCUCCGGUCAGCCUUCCCCACUCUUCGAAAUCCAAAAAGGGGAAACGGCUAUCGCUCAAGACAAUUUUCCCCUCCUUUCACCUCCGGAGAAAGCCCUCCUCGGCUCCGUUGCCCAUCUGAGUCGACUCCAUGCACAGCUUCGGAAAUAUGCCUCCGAUAUAUCCUCCACAAAUCGAUCAGUGAUAUGCCGCUCGGUUUCUACUGCUAUUGUCGGAACGCACUUAGGUGAAUUCCAGAAAAAGAUUCUGGAAGUCGAGAGCGCAAUCCUUGCCGAGGAUAGUGGAUAUGUUGGAGGGUACGGUAUUGUCCCAUUGUCAACUAUCGUGGGGGAGUUCGCGCCAUGGACCCGGCGGAUGGAGUGGCUCUGGAGUAUCAUCCGAUUCAUUCAAACCGAGAGGAAAAGCACUGAACGUUCAUAUGGUACCACGGGGGCAGCACUGAUCGAUCAUUUGCGGACCGAAGCUCAAACGGGAUAUCUUGAUAUCAAGGAGAUGGCCCUACAAUUGGCAACAGCGGCCGAGGCAGCAUGGAUGAAACAGCUUUCAAUGUGGUUACUGUAUGGGAAUCUUCCAAUGUACGGAAAAGACGACUUUUUCAUUCAGGAGGAAACUGAAAACGAGACCGACGAGGUGCAAUUCAGCCUGAAUGCUCAUUUCCUCCCAAAGUUUGUCACGAUACAAACUGCAGGCUCAAUACUAUUCAUUGGAAAAUCACUCAAUCAUAUUCGGUCGAAACGAAAAACAUCAAUAGCAGGAACAUCUACCGCGCCUGUGACGUUAUAUCGGGACCAUAUCGAGCAGCUCGCAGGCCUAAAACCACCGAUUUUACCUUCCAAGCUGACCACCGCCGUUGACUGUAUUCGGCUCUCUCUUUCUCAGUCAACGUUAUCGAAAUUAUUGCCCCUCCCGAAAAUUCUCGAAAUCCUCACUCUGCUCCAUAACUUCCUUUUAUUGGGGAGAGGAGAGUUUGCGGUGGCUCUCAUCGCACAUGCAGAUUCCCGCAUUGAAGAGAGCCGACGCCGAAGUCUAGCGGCUGCUCGUACAUCUGGGAAACUGGAUGGCCUUACUAUCAAAGAAGGUGAUGUCACGGCUGCUCUGGCUCAAGCCUGGGCAGAGCUUUUCUCACUACAAAAAGAAGAGGAUCCAGCCGACGAGGAGCUCGAACUUGCCCGGGAAUUGCUUUGUCUGUCUAUCAGUGCCCCUAAAGGUGGCCGGCCGAUGACCCCUGCUCAAGUUCCCAACUCAAUUUCAGAAAUCUCAAGAGUCUCGUUUGAAGAUCUGCUCUUCCCCAUGCCCACACAUCUUGAUGCACAAAUCCGAGCUCCGUUGGACCUGUUCAUCUCGAGCUCUGAUAUUGCCAUCUACUCUAAGAUUCAUUCUUAUCUCCUGGCAUUACGACGAGCCCAAAUUCGACUUGGAGACCUUUGGAAACGGACUCCGUUGCGGCGGAAUUACCCUACCCCUUGGGGACCUCCCAGAAGCAAUAGUAACUUUGGCCAAGCCACGCUCAAGGCUAGAAGAGAGAGGGAUAAUGCUCGGCUUCGCCAAAUGCGCCCUAUUUGGGCCACAAGCAGUGCAUGUUUGUUUAUGCUUUCUGAGAUCGGUGGCUUUUUUCAAGGAGAUGUUGUCAAUGAGUCGUGGCAGCACCUUCGCGAUUGGAUCGAAGGGUGCUCUUCGUCUGCAGCGUCAACCGCUGGCUCUCGUCCUGGUACCGCGUCAUCUUAUAAGCCCCAUGGAGCUUCCAAGAAUGUGACUUCAGACCGUAUGCCUACCAGGGAUUUCUCUGAGUCUACCCAAUCCGGUCAACAAACUAUGGGACGACACGACCCCGAGGCUCUCACCGUUGCCCACCGUCGACACCUGGCAUCUCUUGUUCAAUCACUCUUCCUGACAGAACUACCAUUCACAAAUGCUCUAAGAAGUCUGCUCACCAAUAUUGAUCGCUUCGUCGCCCUUGUGAUUCGGCUGGAAACAAUUCAACGCAACAUGGAUCUGGAAACAGAUGAAGGCGUGGAAGAUGCCUUAGUAGAUUAUGCACAAGAAGAACGUGAGGUAUGGGAGGAGCUGCGCGCCACUCGCAGCGAUGUUGAGAUUGGUCUUAAGAACCUUGUUGGGAGCCUGCGGGACAUCGAUGAUAGUCGCUCGGGAGAAGGCCGGGGACCCGUGGAUCUCGCAACGAACUUCGGUCAGAUGUGGCCUGGCUCCCGUCGAGAUGAAGGCAUGAACCCUGGUUUCAGCCAUUAUGUGCCUCAUAAAGCAGCGGGGGUGGAUCGUCUGCUUAUGAAACUGGACUUCGGCAGCCUUCGCAGCGACUUCGGACCCGAGGCGACUGCGGGUUUUGCGGGUGUGCAAUAUUGA